GUUGACAAACUGUGCUGUUCUCUUUAUACCAUCUGGAUCCCUGUCCGUCAGUCCAUCUUUUUAUCUAGCUGUAUUUUUCUACGAACAGCAAAAUGUUUCUAGAAAUGAACUGGCGUGCAUUCAGGGUGUCAUUGAGGAAUGGCCUGGAGUUCCUCUGGUACUCUUACUCAACUCCUUCUCCACAGAGCGCCAAACAAGUCUUCACCCUCCUGCUCUUCUGUUUGAUUAUCUCCACAAGCACUGGUGCUCUACUCUUCCACUGGUUAAGUGGGCUCUUAAGGUACCACCCCCAGACUGCGGGCAUCGCCACAGGCAUCUACACAAUAGCCAUCUUGCUCUUCUCAUUUCUCGUACAUCCUUUUCGUUGUGCAUUCACACUGAUGUUUCCAACGCUGGGAACCCAACAGGGACGCAAACUUGUUCUCUCACUGUGCGUGAUGAUUGUGCUGAUUUAUGUUCUGCCGAACAUUGGCACUAACAUAGUUGAACUUGCACACCUCAUGAAGUGCACAUCAGAGAACGUCGCUCACAGUGUCCUCAAUUUAUCAGAAUUCUGUAACAUUAUAAAAAGAGAACUUGUUUCUAAAGUUAAAAAUAUUAAAGAUUUAAGUAUUGGACAUGUUGUGGAGCAGCUAACUAGUUUUAACCACCAAACAGACAUUGACGUGACUGGUCUAAAAGAAAAUCUGAAAAAUUUAAGCAAACAUGUCGGGCAGGAUUUUUCCAAAGCCAUACAUCAACUAGACGAACUGAAGCUCCUUUUAAGCAGAAUAUUGGCUGCUGGAUUGGUGAUUUACCUGUUUAUGGAUUCAUCCAUUUACCUGAAGUCAUACUUGACAUCUGUGAGAUUUGAUAAUGUCUACAUUACUGGGCUGCUCAAGAAAAACGCAGAGAGUAAAGGAAUCAAAGUGAACGCAAAGGAUGUAAAAAAUGGAGUGAACGUCACCAGUAUCAGACUGUCAAAAAAAGAACUCCUUAAGUGUUUACUUCCCAUUCUCAUGAUCACUUUGUAUCUGUUCAUGACGAUCAUGCUCCUAGUCCUUGACUAUAUAGUGCAUUAUGCUGUGGUAACAGGCGGGCCUUGGCUUUUGGACAUUCCACCUACUGACAUUUCCAUGAACAUUCAUUUUAAGGUUGAUUAUAAGCAUAAUGCCUGUGUUAUAUUCGGCUGUGAACGCAAUGAAAUAGUGAACUUCGUCAGAAGGUAUAAUGCCACCAUUAGCUCUGAUGUGACUCAGUGCAAGACCAGGCCAAGCAAGCUGAAUGCAGGAGUGAUACUUUUACUGUUCCUGCUCUACUUCCUCAGCUACGGUCUCACGUUCUUGGAGGUCUACGCUCGACGCCUUCGCAGAAAAGUGGCCUCUUCUUUCUUCCAGGUGCAGGAAGAGAAAAGAAUUACAUUUCUUAUUGAUCAAAUUAUCACCAAGAAGAGGAAAAUGCUGGCCAAACAAGCAGAAACUGAAAGUACCGAGAGCAGGACGCAGGGAAAUGAUAAGAGUAUAUUAAAGUUUUUACCACUUGCUAGAUUAUAUGCUUGUUUGCCUGCAAGAAAAGAUAAUGUAGUCAAACACACUGAGGAAAGCCAGAAGGCAGAUAUCUGACUACUGAUUGAAAAUGACAAGUUGACCUCAUUUUAUUUAAACAUUUAACUGCAAAUUAUUUUAUGCUGACUUUGUUAUGGUAGGAGUGGCACAGGGAUGCAGGGUUGCUUACUCUACAUUCCCCUUAGGUUUGAAAUAGUAUGCGAACAAGUGUGUACCACAUGCCUUGCAAUGACCUGGUGUUCCGUAUCAAGUGUGUUCAUUCUUCAUGCCCACUGUAGCUUUAGAAAAGAAAGGAAAAGAAAAGAAUACAAAUUUAUGCUUGACAAAAGUCAAUUUUGUAUAAUUAAAAUAUUCAAAUUUUAUCUAAUGAUAUCCAUCCAUAUAUUCAUUUUCUGUAUAAGUGCAAGGAAUAAAUGCCACCUCUAAUUGAAUGGC